AUGGUGCUGCGUGCUGUACCUGCCAGUCUAUAUGCAUUCUUUAAUCUUCAUUUUUCUCCUGGAGGGUCGAAAGUACCUCCACCAAGCGUUGAUGGAUUUUGGCGAGGUUGUUGUGGUCAACCUUCGCAGCAACUUCAUGGUUCACGGGUGAUGGCACUGCAGGAUUCUGCACUGCUUGUAGCUACUGCUCCAAGGCCUUUAUCCGCUCAUCUUGUUAUCUUCAGAAGUUUCCAGAAUGUUUUAAAAUUUUUUCGUGAAUCUGAAGUUUUUAGCAAGCUGUCAGCAUUGUUCUAGGGGUGGUUCUGAUAUGGACGUAGCAGAGACAACACAGGUAAACGAAGGAUACAUGUGGCACUGUGCAAAUAAGGA